AUGCCCACCACCUAUGCCCCCCCCCUAUGCCCGGCUCCGUCGGCUGUCGGCACGCCAUCUGGGCAAGGUAUGUUUGCCGUCUACAUACCUACGUCUACAGCCACUGGGGUGGCAGUAGGGUUGGGGGUAGGCACCACAAUCAACCAAACCAUGACGGGAGGUUUCGGUGGAGGACACCCAGAGCCUUCUAGGCCUGACGUCACACACCAGGAGCCGUACCACCACCAGCAGCAGCAGCAGCAGCGGCAGGCCUGCUCAUAUGAGCUAGGGCAGUUUGUGGCCUGUGCCCUAAAUCAAAGCGACCUCAAGCUGUGCGAGGGCUUCAAUGAGGCGCUCAAAAAGUGCAUGUCUGCUAAUGGUCUGUCAUUAGAAGACAAGAGAUAA